CAGUUGGACCUUGUUUUCUUGUGGAGCUGUACGGUGCGCUCAUCUCGGCUAGAUUGAAGAAGAAGAUAAGAAGGUGCAUUGAUCAAAAGCCUGACGGAAACUCAACCGGCACCUCAACGACAUCCAACUUUCCAAGCAGAACUUCAGGAAAGAACGAAGGUGAGAGUCUGAAGCGAGAAUGUCGACCGCAGCAAAGGUUGUGCAGAAUCACGGGGCGACCUCACCGUAUGAAGUGGUGAUGGACGUGAUGGUCAAUUUGGAUUCACCACCAUCACUGGAGGCGCAAUUGCCAGCAAGCAGUGAAGGAGUAGCUCCGGCACUAACGGCGCAGACUGUCGGUGAUAGGCUGUUGCACUGGAAAGGCAUCAUCAAGCAGAAUAGACAUUGUUCGUACUAUGCCGUCGGACAAGCCCUCCAUUCCAUUCUAUACGACGAGCAUCUUCUAAGCACUAGCUGUUUUCACGCGUGGACGAAAACUGAGGUUGGCCUGUCACGAAGCCACGCCUAUGAGUAUAUUCGCGGGUACAAGAUAGCACGAAUGAUCCGCAGUCAAGACCCCAACAUGUUAGUUCCGACGGCUUUGUCGCAUUUCCGAGUGUUCAACAAUAUUUCUUUGGAAGACAAUGCAGUGAAGGUGUUUCAGCUCUGGAAAGCAAUUCUGGAAUCAACACCACCAGAGAACAUACAUCAAUUGACAGCAAAGGAGAUCCUGGCCAAGGGCAAAUCUAUACUCUGCAACGGCACCAGCAAUGCGGACACCAUGCCAAAGCAUCAUCUCCAUGGUGAUGACUUUGAAAUGCAGGAGAGCCUACCUUCCUCUGCUUUGUCCCAGGUGGCUAGCAGUAACAAGCGCAGGCAGCCAGUUUGGGAACAUGAGCGCAGAUCCGUUGGUUACUCUCAAGCCGAGCAACAUGAUAUCGACUGUGAGGCGCAUGGUGACGUUGAUUACAAUGGUGCCUACAGCUACACUGAUGACGACGCCGAUGAGCAACCAAUGUUCGAGACCAACAGUCGGACGACACACGCAGGUCAAGCAAAGCGCCGCAAUCACCCAAGCAGACAUCGCAAUCACCCAAGCAGACAUCGCAAUCAUCCAAGCAGACAUCGCAAUCACCCAAGCAGACAUGUGAUGAGUACCAGUGGUAACAAUGGCCACGGCAUGGUCAAUGACCAGCAACACGGCCAACAGUGUGAACGGCAUGUAAACGGUGACAUUGCUGUUCGUUCACCAGACGACGCGCUACCACCACUACCACCACUACCAGCACUGAUUCCAAUAUCCAUCACACCAGGACAACUGGCUGGUAUUGCCAGGCGAUUGGUUAGGCCUGGUUUUGAUGUGUCCGUGUGCCCAGCGGAGACAAGCGACGAGGAGUGUGUCAUCGAUGCAGAAACAACGCACAUGUCCCAUGGAUACAUGAAACCAUGGAGAGGAACAGUUUGGGGAAACUUCUCCGGACCCCGCUUUGACGACCAUGAUGAACUGGCAGUCUACGUUGGUGCAGCAAUGGAUAAGUUCAACGCUAGAGAGUAUGACUCGGGAGUGUUCGUUGUGAAUGUGGCAUUCUUCUCCAGCUUCUUCCCCAAGCUACUCGAAUACCCGCACAGCUUUCUUCGGAAGCCACUAGAGGCUCACUUGCCAGGUGAUAGUACCAAUGAUGAUGCCAUCACCCACCACCAAGUCAUUGUUGCCUACUUUGGAAGCGAUGCGAGCCAGUUUGUUCAGGUCAUGACCAACCAUGGCUACAUUCCUGGUGUCAAUAGCUGGUGUCCUUUCUAA